UGUGAGAGCUGUGAUUGGUCAUGGCUUGUCACAUGGUACAAGGCUGUUGUGAAUAGCCUUGUACCAUGUGACCUCUGAAGUGGCCAAUCAGAGAUCACAUGAAUCGGGACCUCACACAGAGGUCCCAUACAGCGAUCAGUGUUCUGGAUCAUGGUGACACGCGCUCCCAGGCAGCGCGCACAGGCAGUGAAUGCGGAGGCUGUUUAUAAACAGCCACCUGUUCCUGCACUGCUCCCGUCUGUCCGUUUAUGUACAUGGGCCGAACGAGAAGUGGUUAAAAAACAAAAU